CGUCAAGCGUUGGUAUGGGAUUGGCCCACCAUUCCAAUGCAAGGCUGAAUAGAGAGGUAAGAGCUAUCAGCUGAUGUCAUGAUAGAUCAGAUCAAUAGCUGUACUAUACGAUUCGGUCCAUCGUGACAGGUCUGGAGGAUACUAGCAUGUCAUUCAAGAGCUUAGCGCAACCAUUUUUUUCUUUUCUUUUUUUUUCACAAUUAAGUGAAAUUGCGCAAACAAUGAACUCUAGCUGCUAGUACCCAAUUUUGAGUGCACUACGUUAUGUUAUUGUACUAGCGUUUUCGGGGAUAUUAGAUUACUGAUUUACUGAAUUUUAGAAUUUAGAAAUAUUUUAUAUUAUUUCCUGUCAUUGGAGCAGCCAUAGGUAUUUAAACUAUUGAUCCAGCAGCCGAAACUGGCGCUUUUCUAUUUUUAUUUAUAAAACUUACGACCAGCUGUUGCCAUUAAAGGGUACGGACGCUGACUGGUAGUUGUUAUACAAGUUUUCACAAAUAUGUUUUUUGUGUAAUAAAAUCUUUGUGAAAAACUGGCUUGCAAUGAAGUUGAGUUAUGGUUCCAAAGCUGCAUUAUGGGGAUAGAAAGUCUCACUAUAGAAUUAGACAAUCCUGUUGGAAUUUAUUUUCCUGGAGAGGAAGUGUCUGGAGUAGUUCACAUCUCAAAUGUCAGCAGUAAAAUACUGAAAGGAAUAUACCUGGAAUGUCAAGGCUAUGCAAAAUUUUGUUUCAAUGAAUUGAGUAGUGAGACUUACUAUUCAGCUGAAGAAACUUAUCUAGACCUGAAAAUUCCUGUAAUUACCAAUGAAGGCAGAGAAACAUUUGAACUUGUCAGUGGAGUUCACCAAUUUCCAUUUGCGUUUGUACUUCCAAAAAAAAUUCCCUCUUCAUUUCAAACUGAGAUGUUGGAAAAAUUUGGCUAUGGCCAUGUCAAAUACUCAAUCAAAGUAGUUUUGAAGAGGUCUUCACGUCAAGCAAAUGGAGAAACCUGCUACAUUCCAUUCACUGGAGUUUUGAAGCCGUCAUGGAAACCAAAUUACGAAUAUGUGCUCGCUUUUACAGUCAAAACCAUUGUUGACUUAAAUACAAUCCCAAAAGCAGCACUACCAACACAAUCAAUAAAAAGCAAGCCCGUUUUUCGUUGGUUUUGCUGCCGAUCUGGACUUAUAACGGUAACACUGUAUCUAGACCGUACAGGCUAUGUCGCAGGUGAAACCAUUCUCUUGCAUGCAGAUGUAGACAACCAAAGCAUGACAACAUUGCUUGGUGCAACGGUUUUUCUCAUUGAGAGCGUUGAUUUUCAUACCCACAACAAAUCCAAAACCUACGAACGCGUUUUGUGUGAACAGAAACGGCGCGGAAGAGUGUUCCAAGAAGCACCUCAAGUGUUCCCAAUCGUCGUCCCUACAAUGACACCAUCCUAUUUGCAUUUUUGCGAUAUUAUUGACGUCUCCUACAAAAUUGAGUUCCGACUUAUCGACUCUGAAGCACUGGCACCAAAGUUAGUGGUGCCACUUGAGAUUGUGGUGGGGAAUGUGCCCUUACGCGAAAGAGCCCAACCAUCACUCAGUCUUACAGAAACCUACCAGUGAUACAGCACUUUAAUCGCCAUGAGGAAACUUUUGAUCUCUACCGGUCUCGAAAAUCUCUUUGUUUCAUAUCUAUCAAAUUAAAGAGUAUUGAAAAUCAAUUUUCUAUGCUUUAAUUUAAUUUUGUUUUAAUAAAAUAAUUUUUGUAGUUUGGGUUCAAACAUUGCUUGCAUUUUCAGUCAAAAUGUUUUUGGUUAAGAAAUAUUUAUUAUUUUCCUGAAUGUAACUAUUUGUGUUCCUGUUGGAUCUGAAUUGAUCCAUCCCCUUACUAGUAAAACCAUCGCCAUCUAAAACUUCAUAAAAAUAGCCCAUACUAUAUCUGUAUCUUUGAUAAAACUAUAUCAGCCUAUUAACAUGCUGGCUUACCUAUUUUGUGAUCUGGCCAUAUUUGAAUUUGAGCUUUAAAUACACGUUUCUUGCGUCCUCAUAAA